AAUCGACCAUACUGCAGUUUUAUUGUGCUGUACCGUAUUCCUGUAAGAAUGUCUGGACACUCCACUAAUAAUCAUACGCAUAUCACGGGCCAUGCAGCACAAAGUCCUCAUCCAAAACACACCGACCUUCAGUAUACAACGCAUGUAAAGCACGGAGAAUCCCAGCAUUAUGAACAUAACGGUACUGUCCAUCAUCACAAGAUACGAUUCGGGCUAGGAAUUGCAAUUUUGUCAUGGAUGCAAAUCAUUGCCGGAAUGCUUAUCCUGAAUUUUGAAGCUAUCGGUUCUGUACUGUACCAGACCAGUGCAAAUUCCAACGAAACGCUGCACGGUACAGAAUACGCCGGGAUCUACGUUAGUAUUUUUUCCCAGAUUACUGGCAUCAAUGGAUUGCUUUCCAUAAGGAAAAAAUUUACCCACGGAUUCCGAACAUGUUUCCACGUCAUCCACAUCGUUUUAACCGUUUUCCUAGCUAUCCAAACCUUCGGCAUGGCUUGUGCGUCCGCCGCCAUGUUAGUAUUAUUCGUGGCCUCCUGGGACACUAUACUGGCCUUUGUCAACCGUGUCAGUCACUCGGCGCAAUUAAACCUGGAAGUCGGCACGACUACUUUAUCUCCAGAGGUCAUCACCACUUCGACUUUACCGCCGCUGGUUGCUGCGGAAUUAGCGGAAGACCGGCGUAUUCUGGUGGGUUUGCGGAGUGCACUGUUUGCCAUAUAUUUCGUGCUGUUUGUAUCGGCGGUCAUUGCGUCGUGCUUCGGAUGCUGUAACUACUGUAAAUGCGGGGGAAAUUAUCCAGAGACGGUGGUGCACCAAAGAACAGCGUCGGUUAUAUCGGUUUCGUCUGACAACCAUAAUUCCCUCAAGAUGUACCAUAAGGAAGCAAAGGAACAUCGAAUGACUGCAGAGAAACAUUCGCAUGACGUACACAAAAAGCAUAAAACCCAAGAUCGACACCAUCACCAUCAGGGCCACAAUCACAAUGACAAUGCCCGGAAACACUGAUCGGCAAAUGUGCCAUCCGGAUUAAAAUCACUACUGUAAUAAUGAAUAAGCAGUUUGCAGCAAUUAAUCUUGAUAGCCGUAAUACAGUUGUGCGAUGCGAUUGUGUUACGGAUAAAAGCUUUUUGCUGAAAUUCAGUGCUGAGCAAGAUAAUCUGUGUAAAGUAAUACUUUGUAUAACUAUAGUCUAAUAUAACUACAGACAGUUUCAGUC